AUGCCUUUUGUUUCACCUGUUGAAAAUUUUGUUUUAAAUCGCAAAAAGCGGUCUAUAGAUAGAGUUAAAAUUAUGACGAUAGAUUCUAGUACACAAAUGAGACAUAUUAAUCGGCAUCUUGCUGAGCUGGAGCGUGACAAUUAUAAUGAUGUGAAAAUUGAACUUGCAAAGAAUGAGGAAUCCCGUUCUAAAAAAAGUAAUCCAAAUGUAAGAAGAAUAUUGAUAUCGAGGAAAACAUUUGCAAUGCAUCUGGAUGAAGCGGGUGUAAACGCAGGUUAUCAUUCAGCAGCUGUUGGACCUUCAAAUAAGCCACCUAUUCGUUUAUGUAUUAUAUGUGGGUACUGGGGGAAUUAUACAUGCAAUAAGUGUGGUGAACGGUAUUGUUCUAAAUCUUGUGAAGUUAUACAUUUAGAAACUAGAUGUAUGAAAACAUAUGCUUAG